UUGAACACACAUAUUGAUAACACUUUGUACUCUAGGUUAAUUUUUUUAAACAUUUUAGUUAAAAUAAAAAAUUAAAAUGUUUAUCAUUUCUGAGGGAAAAACUUUGCUUUGAUGAUUCAAUUUUUUCGAAAAGCGAUAAAUACAUCAUCUAUAAAAGAUCCAAGAAGUUGUCUCAUCAAAGAUGAAUACAGGAAAAAAAGAUUAAAAGAGAAUCUUCUUACACAGAUUAGAAAGCUUCAAAAAUCUCAUGUUGGAAAUGAAAAUAUUGUUGAUAGGAAUGAUGAAGAUGCUGCAUCUUUAUGCAUGGCAUUAGAAGCUAUUUUUUUGCAUGAAAUUAAUUUAAAUCACAAGAUUUCUUUUGAGUCAUUUGAAAGUAUUAAAAAUGAAGACACACUAUCUAUUUCAUUCUGGGAGCUACUGAAAAAAGUUACUCACAAGGAUGUUCUUACUCAACUUCAACAGCUGGUUGUGAAAACUGAUGUUGGUCUAUGUCGAGCUUGGCUACGUCUUGCCCUCAACGAUGGCAUUAUAACAAGCUACUUGAAUGCAAUUAUUGCAGAAAAUAAAUUUUUAAGCACCUUUUAUAAUUCUAAUGCAUUUUUAUUGGAUGAAGAAUUACCAAAUAUUCUUAAAGAUAUUUUACAAGGAAUACUUCAGUUUGAGUUUCGUUUAAAUUACAACUCAUCAAAACUUGAUACAUGGGAUCUUAUUACAUUGCAACUGGCUGGAUAUUUACCAGAAAAAAUUGAAAAAGAAAAUAUCCCAUCAACAAAUAUCAUAAAUGUGUCUGAAUCAAGUUCAUUUGUUUUUCCAAAAUCUGCUUCAUUUGGAAAUGAAAAUGAAAGUUUAUUGUGUUCUAUUAACUCCGAUCCACAAAAUUUUAUCUUACAAGAUUCUUCUUCAAAUGAUUCUAAUCUUGAAUGUAUGACAGAAGAUCUUGCUGAAAGUGUUAACUCCAAUCAAAUUGUUGAGAAUGAGAAGCCUAUUGGUAACAGGCUUGCUGGUCAAGAAUGGACUGGCUGGUCAUCAUCUUUUGAUGAGGAUGUAAAAAUCAUGGAGGAUGUACAAAGAGAUAUUGAUGAUCAUUCUGAUGUUUUUAAUAAGAUUCCCCAUAAAGAUUUUGAUUCUUUACUUUUGGAUUACAGUAUCAAGAAUACUUUGAGUUGUGAUAGUUCAAAACAAAAUGAUGCUGAUAUAACUUUAGUUGACAAAAAUAAAUCACCUCGUGUAUCAGAAUGUGUUGAGGAUACAGACUACAAGAAUGCAAGCUCAGAGGUUGUAUCUCAUAAUCUCAAUGCACAAGCUAAUCAAUCUUUUAAAAGUGCUAAAGAUUUUCUAAGUCAACUCUCGAUAAUAGCAAUAGAGAAAGGACUUGAUAAGCAAAGAUUUUCUUGCAUGAAAUGUGGCAAGUCCAUAGGAUUGAUUUAUGGCUCAUUUAAUGUGUGCAGUUUUGAUGGGGGAUAUUACUGCUUUGAUUGCCAUGGAAAUGAUGAGCACAUACUGUCAGCUAGAAUUAUACAUAACUGGGAUUUUCGAAAAUAUCCAGUUUCAAAAUACAACAAAAUGUUUCUAAAAAAGAUUGACGAAGAACCAUUGUUUCACAUUGAUGAACUCAACCCGGCAUUGUAUGAUGUUGUACCUUUACUGCAAGAAGUUAAGUUUUUGCGUACUCAACUUUCAUUCAUAAAAAGUUAUAUACAAACGUGCAGUGACGUUGUACAAGAUUUUAAAAGGAGAUUGUGGCCAAGAGAUUACUUAUGCGAUGAUGUACACCAGUAUUCAAUCAUAGACCUUGUUGAAGUUCAAAGUGGUCAAUUAGCUCACAAUUUGAAGAAAAUAGUUGCAGAUUUUUCACGUCACAUUUAUAAAUGCAAGUUGUGUAAAGAAAAAGGGUUUAUCUGUGAAUACUGUCAUGAUCAAGAAAUUAUUUAUCCUUUUCAACUUGACAUUGUUUCUCAGUGUUUAUGUUGCUUGUCUGUAUAUCAUCAAAAAUGCCGUCAAGAAAAAAGAUGUCCGAAAUGUGUGCGAGUCCGUCUGAGAAGUCAAGGAAACAAUGAAAAAGAACGUCACUUUUCUGUAACACAAAUUGAAAAUUCUGAAACUAAUGACAUUUUAUGACGUAGUUUUUAAUACAAACAAAAUUAUGAAUAAUAAUAUAAAUACUCAUUCUUAGACCAAAUAAUUCUAAUUAUGUUAAUUUAUGUGUUUGACGCUUAUUAAAAUUUCUAAUUUUUAAAGACAUAUUUUUUAGUAUUCGUAAAGAGUAUCGAUAUUUUGAUAACUGUUGUAAUAUUUCCUAUUUUUAUUUAUUUGUUUUUAGUUUUUUACUUAUAUUUUCAAA